CCGAAAAGAACAUUGCAUUUAUCAAAAAAAAAUAAAUACUAGACUAUAACGGGACACUGCCAAAGGAAAUUUAAAUAAACUUUAAAAAAGGAAGCAAACAAAAUCAAGAAGAGGCAUCCCUCUUAACAUAUCGAAACAAUCAAAAAGUAAAUAUCGAAAUCAAGAUCAAAAAUGAACUCGAAACACAGUUCGCUGGAGGAGAAAGUGAAACUGCCGCCCACGGAGACAAUAAGCCGAUGCUACCAGCCGCAGCAGAGCAACCGCAAGGUCAUCCGCAUCCUGACCGUCGCCGUUUACGUCCUUUGCGUUUCGCUGGCGGCCAUCAUGCUAUCCCUGUACUACAUCUUCAUCUGGGACCCUACCAUUCGCCCCUUUGUCACCAAGGCCACGCACUGCGAUAAAAUUGUGAUACCCGAAAAAAUAGCCAUUCGCCUCCUGAACUCAUCGGAAGUGACCGCGGAGCAGUUCUACAAGCACAUCCUCGAGCAGUACCGUAUCCUCAGUCACAUGCAGCAACAACGCCAGCAGAUACUGCAGCGUCAACAUCUGCAGCUGCAGCAAUUGGAAGCAAACAAUCGCUUCCAGGAGGUCUUUGCAACGGCAACUAUUAUCCAGGCACAUCCGCAUCCCCAUCCACAUCCCAGAGAGCCGCCUAAGAAACCGCUAUUAGGUCCAUAUACCCCGGUACCAGGAAAUAUGAGUCAUAUGAUGGGUGGCGAUCAGUCUGAAUCUGAACCUGAUCCGGCUCAUUUACCUCUACUCUUGGACACCUCACCCCCGGUGGAUGUUAAUGGAAUGGGUCAUCUAAAGCGUAAGACACAUCGUGGUCACUACAAACACCAUAGGGCUCGGGCCGGUGGCCAAAAGAAAUUGUCCAUUGCCAACUCGAUUGUCAGUGCCGUGGGUGCCAGUUCAACGCCGAGCACUACUAGCGGAGGAGAUACAUCGCUGGCCAUGGCCACGGCGGCUACUUUGCCACAUAACUAUAUGGACACACCAUUAAAUCCGGCGGCGGGAACCAUUGUUCAGCCACCACAACUGCAGCUAUACACCUCGAUGCCCAUUCCCUUGAUCCUGAGCCCCAGUGAGGAGAAGCGUCCUUUACAUCAUAACCAUGGUCAUGUGCACGGCGAUCGGCGGGGCGGGGCACAAUCUGGCGGACGACGAAGGACCACUACGGCCUCAGUUUCCGGCUACGAAGCCCAAACCUACCUCAAUCCGUUCCUCACCGGCGAGCUGAUCUUCGAGAAGUAAGGGAUUGAAACCGUUUAGGUAGUCUGAGGUUCAUAGGUUUUUUUUUUUGUAUGGCAUAUAGAGGGAAAUACACUAAAGCCAAGAUCGGACAUGGAGAUUAGCUCACAGAAAUGGUAAAUGUCGAGAAAUAAAAGGACAAAAUAUUGGACAUUAAUACCUUCCAUACCUGAUCAUACCUAUAUCAAUGGAGAAACUGUUUAGAGGGGCAGAACUACUCACAAUAAUUCGGUUAAGCUCAGUACUGGGAUAAGAUAUAGUUAUAUAUUUUAAUCUUGGUUAUAUAUCUCAAAUUUUAGGCAUUUCUUAUUGAAAUUUAAGUUCUUUUAUAAGUAAAAUAUGUUUGCAAUUGAAAAUCUUUAAAGCUAUAAUGUAAUCCAUAAUCAAAUCAAGUAACUUUUUUCCUCUAAAGUAAACCCGCUUAUAUCAGUACUGAGCUAUAAUUUGGUCUAUAUAUACAGAGCCAGGCCCGGCCACAUAUAGAGGUUAAUAAAUGUUAUGUACUGCAAAAGGAUAGUUGGAAACCAUAGCUAAACUAUAGUCGAUGUACCAAACCACAACAAACGAACCACUCAACAAAACAAAAUACACUCGAAAAUGAGAGAUUCACACUCACACACACACACACACGCAUAAUACGGGACCCACUUCAGUAGAAAGUCACUCGAUAUCAGCGAUCACUGAUCACGGAUCACGGAUCAGGGAUCACACACAGGCGGCUCACCUCACCAAGCUCAGCAGCAAACUCACCCCACCUAGGACACUGCUUCCAGGCAGCUAGCGAACGCUACACCAACUACAAUAAUUAGCCAAACCCCUAGAGUAACCAGUUUACCAGUAACCAGUAAUUAGUAAUCAAUUACCCAGUAACCCAUCCAAGGAGUAUAUAUACCCCCUGAAAACGGGGAAGCGGAUCAAUGUCACUAUAACUCAGCAUCAGAAUGAAUCACACUUUACCCACACACACACCAAAGAGGACUUUGUCAUUGCCAGAUAUCGGUUAUGUGCGGGAUUAUAUAAUAUCUGGGUUCUAACUACCUAAAGUGAUCUCUUUGCCACAUAAACUUAAAAACAAUAUUAUGAAAAGAUUGGCAUGUUUGGUUAUGGCAAUGUUGAACCGGAGAUUUCUACACGAGGUGGCCAAUAAAUAAUAAUAAGCUGACGUAUUACCUAUAGUCACAAGAUAAAACCCGGCGUGCUCAAGUCAAGAACAAAUAUAUAGUUGCAUAUAUAGGGCACAUAACCGAUGUGUGUGACGUGACAUUGGCUUGGUCUCUAUUCACAUACUUUAACACUAAAUGCAAACCUAUCAAAAACCAAAUACACUAAGCGAAAAAGCGGGAAAGAUAGUUGAAAGAAAGAUGAGGAAAGUGAAAAGGAAAAGGAGUAUUAGAAAGAGAGAGAGAUAUAUAGAACAACUGCAUCUGCAUCCAAAGACACGAGAAUUGAAUUCAUCAAUAAUAACAUACCUAUAAACGAUAUGCAUACAAUAUAGAAUUGAAUCUGUAACUGAUGGGCAUAUACCGCAUAUAUAUCUUAUAUACCGCAUAUAUCUUAUAUAUGUAUACCAAGAAAAACAAAGUCAUUUUGGCAAUAAUAAAGCAUAGCAAACAAAAACUAA